AUGACUAGUGAAUGUGUCGGGGUCUCUAUGAGGAAAAGAGAGGCGUCCAGACCUGCACGAGACCUACACUCCUCACCCCAAGACCUGCAUGAGACCUACACUCAUCACCCCAAGACCUGCAUGAGACCUACACUCCUCACCCCAAGACCUGCACGAGACCUACACUCCUCACCCCAAGACCUGCAUGAGACCUACACUCCUCACCCCAAGACCUGCACGAGACCUACACUCCUCACCCCAAGACCUGCACGCCACCAACACUCCUCACCCCAAGACCUGCACGAGACCUACACUCCUCACCCCAAGACCUGCACGAGACCUACACUCCUCACCCCAAGACCUGCACGAGACCUACACUCCUCACCCCAAGACCUGCACGAGACCUACACUCCUCACCCCAAGACCUGCAUGAGACCUACACUCAUCACCCCAAGACCUGCAUGA